AAAAUUUUUGGUGAAAAAAUAAAAUAGUUCGUUUUUUGAAAAGCGCUUAAAAAUUAUAAAAAUUGCAAACAUGCGUAAUAUGGGACGGCUAUUUCAAUAUAAUCGCUUCGUUGGGAGUGAGGAAGCGGCGGUGGAUAACACAAAGGAUGCAGAAACAACAGGAGGCUGGAGAAAUAAUAAGCCACAACAGCAAUUUGGCGCAAAUUGUCCAGCGUACGCUGAAUUAUAUCCGGCUUACGCUUGCACCGCCAGCAUGGAAGUAGCAGCAACGCCUACAGCGGCAACCGCAGCGGCGGCGAUGGCGACAACAACAGCAACAGCGGCGGCAACAACGAUGACAAGUCGCAGCCUAGACUUGGCCUUGCGCAAAUAUCAACAAUGGAGCAGCAAGUUUCUGCCAACCACCAACAACAACAACAGCAGUAGCAACAACACAAUGGCUGUGUUGACAACAGAAAAACACACAACAAUAGCAACAAUGCCGGUUGCAACAAAUGCUGACUGUGUCACUCACUUGUCAACGUCUUCAUCAUCACAAAAAUCCAAUUCCUGCUCACACUCCUGCUCCUACAGCACCACCAACACUUCGGGCUACUACAGUCGGCUGACGCUGGUGGGCAACGCGUCCGACUUGCAGCAGCCGCAUGGUGAGCUGCAACAACAGCAUUGCUGGGGUGCUGCGGGCGGGGAUCGCGAGUUGCUCGUUAGUGCGGGCAAAAGACCAAAAGUGUACGAUUGCAUGAAGGACUUUUUGCGGCGGAAACUCUUUCAGCAACGACAUGGACAACAACAACAGCAACAUCAACAACGAGAACGAGAACAACAGCGAGCAGCGCAAAUGGCGGCAACACUUUGCAAAAGCGACACCGAGGAGGACGUCACCAGUGAUUAUGAUGAGGUCGACAUGUUGGAUUCCUCGUACAAUGCCGAUGAGGAGGACGCCAGUGAUUGCAGCAGUCAGUGCACUUGCCCAUUAGAGAGUGACGUCGAGGAAACUCCGCCACAACAACAAUACGCAUGCACUGAGCAACAACAAAAACACGGCUAUACACCACAAAAAUCGAUUAGUCCGCAAAAAUCGAUGCUCUCGUUGAACUGCUGGCAAAACAUCACACAGUACACAGAUUCCACCACCGAACCGGAAGAGGAUGAGGAUGUGCAGGGCGAAUGGGGCGUCGAGGACGCUGAUUAUCAACAUGUCGCCGAAGAUUCGGAUGCUGGCAUCUCCGAUUGCUGUCAGUUGAUAAGCGAAAAAUCGAGUCCGACGAAACAACGCAAACGACAGCUGAAACAACAACAAAAGUUACAACAAAAACCAAAGCAAAAGUUCCGCUACAACCGCAACUCGGACGAUGGCAGCGAGGAGGCCGAGUUGCUCGCCAGCAGUUGGUAUCAACCGCGCAUCACCACCAAAGCCGCGCUUGAGCGCCUACAACAGGCGCCGCCCGGCACCUUCCUGCUACGCCGCAAAUCACGCAGCUACGAACUGUGUCUGCGCGUCGAAACGAAGGUGAAGCAUUUCGUCGUCGUGUCGCUGGCGGACAACCAUUACAAGCUGAAAGGCGCCAAGAAGCAAUUUACAUCGUUAAAAGCAUUGGUCACGCAUCAUUCCGUUAUGGCGGAACAAUUACCGCUGACUCUGGCAUUGCCGCGCGAGUACGAGUGCAAAGGCAGCAAGGCGUACGGCGUCAGCGCCAAGUGGGCCGCCAGCGAGGCGUUCGAUGUUAGCAAGCGAACCUUGCGGUCCUUACGUUACGCUGAUGACUUCGAUACGUAUGAGUCGUUGCAAAUUUUGGGUUUAUUGCAAGAUUGGCAGUGCGAAACGAAUGAAUUCUAAGAGACGCACUUUGGAGCAGUCAAAUGGCGACGGCGUGACGGCAGGGCAGCUUGAGCUGUUUAGCGUUGUUAGUGGGCUGUUUGGUCGCAAGUAUUACGUGGUAUUGCGGAUAGGCGUGUGUAGUGUAAAUAGAAAUUUAAUCUUUUGUGUAAUAUAGUAUUCGAGGAGAGCUUGUGUUGGAUAUAAUACAGAGUUAAAGAGCAACGAAUUUUUUUAAGUAGACUUAAGCGUUCGUGUUAUUAAAUUUAUAAGUAGAAAUAGAAAUGUUAAUCAAUUUAAAAUUAAAUAUAAAGAUUGAGAUUAAACUUGUAUUAAAUAGUGGUUUACAGUUUUGAAGCGAAUGUGGU